GAGGAGAAGGAGGAGAUCACGCAAGGUUUCUUAAAUGUGGAGCUGGACCCUCAGCACUUUUAAAGCACCGCGCUCUCUGCCUCUUCAAACACCCCUGAAUCCAAAGUGAACUGCAAAGUUAUAGUUACAUUAAACCACUGUAUCGGUUUUAUUUGAAAGGUACGCUUAAACGCUUAGACACGUUUUCUCCGUGAAAAAAAAAGAAAAAGAAAUCACGUUUUGAGGGGACAUUUGGACUUUUUGUUUAUCUUUAAAGCGCAACUUUUCAGGACUUCUUUCCAAAAGUAAACGGGAUUCCCUAGACUUGACUUCCUUGCUGACACGUCCUUAAGUUGUUGUAGUUUUUUUCUGGGAUUCGUAGGUUAGUGUACGGACUGAGACUUUUCCAGAGAAUCGAGUAGACUGUCUGUUGGAUGCAGUCGUACAUGUACGAGAAAGCGAUGGCAUCAGAAACGAGAAACGGCGGCACAUCAACGUUCAACAACAACAGCACCGGCACAACCAAGAGGAAACUGUUGAUCGUCCUGGAUAUCAUCUGCCUGCUUUUAGCUGCCCUGCCUUUCCUGUUAAUUGAAACUAGCAUGAUCGAGCCGUAUCAACGCGGGUUUUACUGCAGUGACCAGUCCAUCCGGUAUCCUUAUAAAAACGGAGACACCAUAAGCGAUGCCGUGCUCUGUCUCGCUGGCAUUCUUAUUGCCAUCGUCUCUAUUGUGAUCGGCGAAUGCUAUAGGAUCCAUUACCUAAAGCAGGGCUCUCACUCGUUUUUGGGAAACCCGUACAUCUCGGCCCUUUAUCGCCAAGUCGGCGUGUUCAUCUUCGGCUGCGCGAUCAGCCAGUCUUUCACAGAUAUCGCUAAGGUGUCUGUGGGACGUAUGAGGCCACACUUUCUGCAUGUGUGCCAGCCGGACUUCUCGAAAAUCAACUGCUCUGCCGGUUACAUCACCGACUAUGUGUGCACGGGUAACGACACCAAGGUGCAGGAAGCAAGGAAAUCCUUCUUCUCUGGACAUGCCUCAUUUUCAAUGUACACCAUGCUGUAUUUAGCUUUCUAUCUGCAGUCUCGGUUUACGUGGCGUGGAGCUCGUCUCCUGAGGCCGCUGGUCCAGUUCACUCUUCUGAUGAUGGCUUUCUACACCGGUCUGUCUCGUGUUUCAGACCAUAAACACCAUCCCACUGAUGUGCUCGCUGGAUUCGUACAAGGAGCGCUGGUGGCCUACUGCAUAGUCUUCUAUGUAUCAGACCUGUUCAAGCCCAAAAUCAAGACCGUCAGUCCUCCUCCAUCGCCAAUCAAGAAAGAACUCCUGCCAUCCUCUGACAUCAUAGACAGAAACAACCAUCACAACAUGGUGUGAGAGGAGGAUACGGGAGGAAACAUCCCUAGGAAUCCAUCACACCUUUUUGAAGAACCUGAAGAGCCACCUGUGAAUGAAGAGAAGCAGUAUUUUCGCUGCUGCUCUCUCUUUCUCUCAUCUGACAGUAGAAUGUAGGGGCAGGAGACAGAGACUUUAUUUUUUUUUUGUUUUGUUUUUACUAUUGAGACUCUCUAUUUUUGUACUAUUACAAAAUUUGCUGUUUCUUAUAUCGAGCCCGAUUUAUGAAAGCUAAACAAUCAGGAGAAAUGGCAUUCAUUUUUUUGGUAGUUGGUUCCCAAAGCAGCAGGGACUAAGCGGGCCUGGAACUUGCUUUUGCGAUACUCUGAAUGGAGCUGAAUGCAGAAAGCAAAGGGGCCACUUUAAUAAUGGGGGCAGAAAGAAAGCAAAACAAGUACUAAUGAAUGAUUGAAUGAAUGGGUGUAUGCAAAUGAAUGAAGAGUGUGACUGUGAGGCUGGUCAUGUGAUCUCUCUCUGUCUUUUUCUCUCUACCGUUUCUUUCCUCUCUCUUGUCUCCGAGGCCUUUCGCCAGUAUAAGACAACAAAUUCCUUAAUUAUAGGAAUGAUACUUUAUUACCUGCGACGUUACUAGCACAGAUAUAUUAACAAUAUAAAGAAGAAUAACUUAUAGCACUAUAGCCGAUCAUUAUAAAUCGUCACCACUCGCUGUCUGGGCGGUGUAGCUCCAGGGACGCUCGAUGAGGUUUAGUGUGUGGUAGACUGAAUCCCAGUGAACUCUUACGCUGUGGUAUGCGUGGGUCCUGUAGAAUCUAGUGGACUCCAAAUACCAUUAUGAUACGCUGACACUCCUAAGCACUAGACCCAUCCCUGCUGUCCUAAGCUAUCCACACAGAAGCCUAGCUCCAAGGGAUGUUGCAUUUUACUGGGAUUUUUUCAGGGGUUGGGCUUUGAGGGAGGGAGAUAUAGGGGAGUGAUGUGGGCUGUAGAUAACAGAUGGUAGUCAAUUUUUAAUAGUGAAUUCAAGAUGGCCGCCCAGCUGAGAGAGCAUGGUAGAGCCGUGCUUUUGUUUCCAGUGGGUGUGAUUUGUGCUGGAUGGGAUGGGAUGGGAUAGGGGCAGGCAUGUCGAGUCCCGUCGACUGCACUGGCUUGGCACGUUUCAUUUUGGAUGGGUGAACGAGUCUUUUCUGCUGGCUAGUACGGAUUCUUCUCCCUUCCGAGCACAUAAUCAUUUAACAACAGUGCCAACUGGAUCUAUAGCCAGAGACGGUGUUAAUUUAACUGCCUGCCAGAACUCCUAUCCAACCCAGGAUGUUCAAGGUGUGGGGUCCCACCACAGUCACUCAGUGCCACAUUUUGUGUGUGUGUGUAUGUGUGUGUGUGUGUGUGAGAUUCUGUAUCUCACUGUGUUUCUGCACCUAGUCCUAGUCGCUAGGCAGAGGACUGUUAUCAUGUGAAGAAGAAGAAAAAAAAAAGAAAACUGUGGAUUUAUUUUCUUUUAAAUGCCUCUUUGGCCUUUUUCUUAUCUAAAAUAAUGUCUACUGUUCUCACUAACUCUCCUGUACAGUGCUGCCAGAUUUGUUUAUAUACCAUAUACAACGUCUACACAACUCUACACAGCCUCCAAUGUUGCACAUCCCUCCCAUUGUCUGGUCCGUCCUUUUUAUUUCAACGAACCCUUCUCUCACCCCCCCCCUCCUUUUUAAA